AUGUCCAAAAGUUGUAUAUAGAAAACAAAUAAUCUGCUUUACAUGCCGUCUCAGCUCUGCGUAAUCGUCUUCCACAACAGCCUUUGCUUAAGUUGUACUCAUGAUAAUAUGGUUAUGCGAUCAUUUUCUCACUGACUCCGUAUCCGUGCAUUUCAGGAAUCCAGUUCCAGGUUUUAAGCGCAGCCCCUCUCUCACAUCUCGGCUCAGCUCGCACAGAGAGAAAUCCCUCAGCCGCGGGCCGCUCUCUCUCCGGCUGGAACGGGACUCAACAAACCCGAAGAAGACGCUCAAAGGACUGAAAUAAAUAAAGAGGACUGCUUUUAUUUGUUUAUUUUUCUUGCGUUCUUUUGUUGCUCUUUUUUUAUUAGUUGCUUUGCAAACAGGUCCGCGUCCCCUAUCCCUCUCCUCCAGCAGGACGGACGGACGGACUCUCUCCGUACUCGCAUCUCUUCAUCCCGGCACGGCGGAGCGCAGGACUGAGCGCGGGUCUGCGGGAAUGUGAGCGCUCACACUGAGAGAAAGGCUCAGAUGAGCGGAGCAUGUGUGCGUUGUGCGCUGAGACGCGCUGCUCCUAUUUUAAGACCCUGCUUGUAAUUGCAUCAACUGAUUAAUUAACUUCCCGUCUGAUUUUUCUUCAACUACCCGUUAACUCACAAAAGGCUCGGAGGUCAAUGAUGGUUAUCUCUCAGAGUGACUUCCCUGGAUCGUUGUGACUACAGUGAUUUCGACCCAGACAUGUGGAAAGCGGCAAGUACAGUCAGAGCCAGGAUGGGAUGUUCAGAAUGGAAGUCUUUGGUCCUCUGUGGCCUAGUGUUCGUCUUGACGGUCGUACAGAGUUCUGACGGGUUUAGCCGGGCAACUAUGCCGUUUGGUCUGGUGAGGCGGGAGCUGUCUUGCGAGGGUUAUCCCAUCGACCUACGCUGUCCAGGAAGUGAUGUCAUCAUGAUCGAGACUGCCAAUUACGGCCGGACAGAUGACAAGAUCUGCGAUGCUGACCCCUUUCAAAUGGAGAACAUCAACUGUUAUCUGCCCGAUGCAUUCAAGAUCAUGUCUCAAAGGUGUAACAACAGAACGCAAUGCAUCGUCAUCACUGGACCAGAUGUUUUUCCUGACCCCUGCCCAGGAACGUAUAAGUACCUUGAAGUCCAGUAUGAAUGUGUUCCCUACAUUUUUGUUUGUCCCGGAACUCUGAAAGCGGUUGGAGAUCCGUCGUUUCUUUACGAGGCGGAGCAACAAGCGGGGUCGUGGUGCAAAGACCCCCUCCAGGCAGGAGACAAGGUUUAUUUCAUGCCCUGGACCCCUUACAGAACAGAUACACUUAUUGAGUACAACUCGCUCGACGACUUUCAAAACUCUCGACAGACUACGACAUAUAAACUCCCCCAUCGGGUUGACGGCACAGGAUUUGUUGUAUACGAUGGCGCAGUGUUUUUUAACAAGGAAAGGACUCGUAACAUUGUUAAAUUUGACCUUCGGACCAGAAUUAAAAGCGGGGAGGCAAUUAUAAAUAACGCAAAUUAUCAUGACACCUCACCUUAUAAGUGGGGCGGGAAAACAGACAUCGACUUGGCGGUAGAUGAAAAUGGCCUUUGGGUGAUCUACGCCACUGAGCAGAACAACGGUAUGAUGGUGAUCAGUCAGCUCAACCCCUACACCCUUCGCUUUGAGGCAACCUGGGAGACCACAUACGACAAGCGCUCGGCCUCCAAUGCUUUCAUGAUCUGCGGGGUUCUGUAUGUUGUCCGAUCCACAUAUGAAGACAACGAGAGCGAGGUUAGCAAGAGCCUGAUUGACUACAUGUACAACACCAAAUUGAACCGAGGCGAGUACGUCGACAUCCACUUCCCCAACCAGUACCAGUAUAUUGCCGCUGUGGAAUACAACCCCCGAGACAACCAGCUGUAUGUGUGGAAUAACUAUUACAUCCUGCGGUACAAUCUGGUGUUUGGACCACCUGAUCCAGCUCACGCACCACCUAUCUCAGAGGCAUCCACAACACCAAAGUUACUAAAACCAACAACCAUUACAGCAACCACUACUCAACCGAGAGGUCAGGUGACUACUGUUACCACUACAGGGACCAGAGCUGUUAAUAAGACACCCAAAUCACCAGCUGUACUUCCCCAAACCACCACACCACCCUCGCUGGAGUCCUUCCCUCCACCUGAGCGCUUCUGUGAGAGCGUAGAGCUUAGGGACAUACUGUGGCCGCAGACGCAAAGGGGCAUGCUGUUGGAACGACCCUGCCCCAAAGGAACUCGAGGCACUGCCUCCUACCUAUGUGUUCUCUCCACUGGGACCUGGAACCCAAAAGGCCCAGAUCUGAGCAACUGUACGUCCCACUGGGUGAAUCAAGUCGCUCAAAAGAUCCGGAGUGGGGAAAACGCAGCCAACCUGGCGAACGAGCUGGCCAAACAUACCAAAGGAGCCAUUUUUGCCGGUGACAUUAGCUCUACCAUGAGGCUCAUGGAGCAGCUGGUGGAUAUUCUAGACGCUCAGUUACAGGAACUGCGACCCAGCGAGAAAGACUCCACCGGCCGCAGCUUCAAUAAGCUUCAAAAGCGAGAAAGGACGUGCAGAGCGUAUAUGAAGGCUAUCGUGGAUACAGUCGACAACCUCCUCAGACCGGAGGCUCUGAAAUCGUGGCGAGAUAUGAAUACCACGGAGCAGACGCACGCCGCAACUAUGUUACUGGACACCCUGGAGGAAGGAGCCUUUGUCCUUGCUGACAAUUUAAUGGAACCGGCCAUCGUGAAAGUACCAGCCAAUAAUAUAAUUCUGGAUGUUUACGUGCUGAGCACAGAUGGGCAGGUUCAAGAUUUCAGGUUUCCCCAGAGCGGCAGGGGUGGUAUUUCUAUCCAAUUGUCUUCCAAUACUGUGAAGCUCAACAGUCGUAAUGGUGUUGCCAAGUUGGUUUUUGCCCUUUAUAAGAACCUGGGGCAAUUUCUAAGCACUGAGAAUGCAACAGUGAAGCUCGGCCACGAGUCUAACGGACGCAACCUCUCCGUGGCUGUGAAUUCCGACGUCAUUGCUGCCUCAAUAAACAAAGAAUCCAGUCGUGUAUUUAUAUCGGAGCCUGUGAUUUUCACCCUGGAGCACAUCGACAUGCAGCACUACUAUAACUCCAACUGCUCUUUCUGGAACUACUCCGAGAGAACCAUGAUGGGAUACUGGUCCACUCAGGGCUGCAAACUCAUCCACGCCAAUAAAAGUCACACCACCUGCUCCUGUAGUCAUCUCACUAACUUUGCGGUGCUCAUGGCUCAUCGAGAGCUGCUGGGUGCAGAUAAAGUCCAGGAGCUCUUGUUGAGCGUCAUCAGUCGUGUGGGCAUCGUGGUAUCCCUUAUCUGUCUGGCCAUGAGUAUCUUCACCUUCUGUUUCUUCCGUGGGCUACAGAGUGACAGGAACACAAUCCACAAGAACCUAUGCAUCAACCUUUUCAUUGCUGAGCUCAUCUUCCUCAUCGGAAUCGACAUGACGGAGCCCAGGAUGGCCUGCUCCAUAAUUGCAGGAAUCCUGCAUUACUUCUUUCUGGCGUCUUUCGCCUGGAUGUGUAUGGAGGGGGUUCAGCUCUAUCUGAUGCUGGUGGAGGUCUUUGAGAGCGAAUAUUCACGCAGGAGGUAUUUCUACAUGGCGGGAUACCUCCUCCCCGCUGUGGUUGUAGGCGUGUCCGCUGCUGUAGACUAUAGGAGCUACGGGACCAAAAAAGCAUGCUGGCUCAGGAUGGACAAUCACUUCAUCUGGAGUUUCAUUGGACCCGUCACCUUCAUUAUUAUGCUCAAUCUCAUCUUCCUGCUCAUCACGAUGUACAAAAUGAUGAAACACUCUACAUCGCUGAAACCUGAUUCCAGCCGGCUGGAGCACAUCAACUAUGAAGAUAAUAAACAAUUUAUCAAGUCGUGGGUCAUGGGCGGCUUUGCUCUGCUGUGUCUCUUGGGCCUGACCUGGUCAUUUGGUUUGUUCUUCAUCAGCGAGUCAUCUGUCGUGUUAGCGUACCUCUUCACUAUCUUCAACACUUUCCAGGGCAUGUUUAUCUUCACCUUCCACUGCUUGCUUCAGAAGAAAGUUCGGAGAGAGUACAGCAAAUGCCUCCGACACACGUACUGCUGUAGCGGGAUCACGACAGAGAGCUCGCACAGCUCCACAAAGACCUCAACAACGCGGACAAGUGCUCGCUAUUCCUCUGGUACUCAGAGUCGAAUCAGAAGAAUGUGGAAUGACACAGUAAGAAAACAGUCUGAGUCCUCUUUCAUCUCAGGAGACAUCAACAGCACAUCAACCCUCAACCAAGGAAUGACGGGCAAUUAUCUUCUUACUAACCCUCUUCUGAGACCACAAGGCACUAAUAACCCCUACAACACCUUACUGGCUGAAACUAUCGUAUGUAACACACCAACGGUGCCAGUCUUUCACUCUCCAGUGACCUACAGAGAGACAAGACACUCGGUGACCAGCGGCAGAGAUACGAACACGUUCGGUACUCUACCACUCAACGGCAACUUUAAUAACAGCUACUCACUUCAUAACUACAGCGAUGGCGUGCAGGUGGUGGAUUGCGGGCUCAGUCUCAAUGACACGGCCUUCGAGAAGAUGAUCAUCUCAGAGCUUGUGCACAACAACCUCAGGGCCGCCGAGUCCCAGAUUAGCACCAAAAAGGGGGCGGGGAUCAGCAGAGGGGAGGAGCCUGUGGUCGCGGAGACAUCGUCCCUGGUGCAGGUGGGCGGGGACAGCGAGAUGGACGGUCUGGGGUUGCACCACACGCAUCCCCGCACGCUCGAUGCCCCCCUCAUCCCCCAGCGAACUCACUCGCUCCUGUACCACACGCAGGAGAGAGCGAGGGCCGACAUGGAAGCUUCGCAACCCCACAGCUACAUCGGCCAGCUCCCGCCUCCGGCUGAGACCGCCUUGCCCUCCCCCAACAGAGACUCGGUGUACACCAGCAUGCCAAACCUUAGAGACUCGCCAUUCUCGGAGAGCAGCUUAGACAUUGGCCAGGACCUCUCGCCAUCCAAACAUAGUCCGAACGAAGACGUUUACUAUAAAAGCAUGCCCAACCUGGGGUCAGGCCAACAGCUGCACGCGUAUUAUCAGAUGAGCAGAGACAGUAGCGAGGGCCUCAUCAUCCCCGUCUCUAAAGACGCUUGUGUCCCCGAGGGGGACGUACGAGAGGGACAAAUGCAGCUGGUCACAAGCCUUUAAAACGAACUGUAAGCACCGCCCACCAUGUACACAGCCCCGCCCAUCCACCGAUGGCAGAGUGGUCUUCCUUUUUUUAGCCUCCCACAUAACUGCACACACAAUGAAGAAGUACCGCUGCUGUCCAACGAGUUACAGACAGGCCCAGACGGAAUCUGCAGAGUUUUUAGCACAUUUUCUGUGCUGAUUUUAGACAGAAAUUUGCAGUGGAAUAGACACACAAAGCUUAUGUCUUGUUUUACAGUAAAAAUAUCUAAAUAUAGCAAACUGGGAUUAAUUUAGAGCUUUGUUUUGAAAGAAAUUUUCUUGAAAAAAAAAAAAAAAAAAAAAUAUAUAUAUAUAUAUAUAUAUAUAUAUAUAUAUAUAUAUAUAUUAUUAUUAUUAUUAUUAUUUUUUUUUUUUUUUUUUUUUUUUUUUUUUUUUUUCCAAUAAUUAAAAAGGUUUUUGCUUAAAAGAAGAAAUAAACAAAUAAAUAAUCAUCUACCAAAGGGGUGAGAAAGAUAAUCUUAAUUUAAGACAUUGUUUCAAAGGAAGAUAAAUAAAUGUGUUUUUACUGGAAAACAAAACAAAAAAGAACAUUAACAGGGAAAAUAAUUAUUGCAGUUAUUAAUUGUUACCCUGUUAUUGGUAGCUGAAUGUAAUCAAACUAGCCACAAUUAUUUAAUAAACAAACAUACAAGGGUCACAUAUGAUGUGCAGUAGAACUUUGUGAAUGAUGGUUUUAUGCAGAAAUCUGCAGUGUUCUUGGAUUGCAGAUUCCAUGUGGGCCUGGUAAUAGGAAUACAGUUUCACAUAAAAAAAUAAAAUGAAGCCAAAAAAAAAAAAAAAAAAAGUCUUUCUCGUUCCAGUGCAUACGUUUCUCAAUGGAUGUACAUAUAUGUUCACAUAUUUCUCUUUUGAAUGCAGUUUUGAUUUUUCUUUAUUAUUAUAUACAACAAUGGAAUUUACAAGACCUUAAGACAUGCAGAAAUUGUCCUGAAUGAAAUAAAGGAGUUCUGUAACACCCUUUACAAUCAUCAACAAAAUCCCAUACAAUAUGACCACUAGCAAACCAACCCCAGGCCUUAUAUUUUCUCAAUCAUACUCGGAACUGUCAAGGGUAAUGAUAUAACAAAGAACAAUAUAUUUUGUUGUAUUGAUUGUGUAAAAUGAAUUGCUAUAAAAUAAAUAACAUCCCUGAAUAUAAAGCAAAUGAGAUUUUGAAAAGGAGAUGACUAUGUAAAAAGUUCAGAAGCUUGUUUAUGAUGAUGCAAUUGGUGGACAACCUCAUGUACGCUGCAAAAGACAUUGAAAUUCCUCUGUCCUGUUCAUGAAAAUGGGUUUGCCACUUUAGAUCAAUUAGAUUCUAAUGUUCUCAUGCCUUGCGCAAAUUUAUUUUGUGCAAAUCUGUGCAAAGCAUGAAAAAAUGUAGUGACUGAAGUUCGCAGCUGAGCUUGGAGUAAAACCUUCUUCUUUAAGGACUAUUACUGCAGCUGAGGUUGGAUAUUUAUUUAUUAAAUUAUUCUUUAAAAAUAAUACUUUUGUGAAUAUUUUACAGCACUGGUUGAGGUAGUUCAUCUUCAUAAGCAUAAUUAAGGAACCCAUCUCUGAUAAACAUGUUAAGGAGCCCAUCUCUACAAAGGAUGUAAAGUUCUACACUUGUUUAACAAUAAAUAAAUGUGAAUUUUUUGUCUAA